AUGGCGACUGCGCACCCCGAUCUCACCGACGCCAAACCGGGGAUAACGCGUGGAGCUUUUGGUGGAGGCGGAUGCGACUUGGACCCGAGGAUGGACCUGAGUGGGCGUGAGCAGCGGGAGGAGUGGCCUAUAAACCACGGGGGGCCAGACCUGCUCACGCUACUACAGCUACAGCAGAGGACCGCGCACACGUCCCACCUGCCCCAGAACACACUCCUCUGGCAUCUUUUACGCGCAGCAAGCUCCGUUUUUACGCACACGGGGACGAUGGAGGCGGCCGUGGUCUCCAGCCUGGCCCGGGUGGAGGCGGUGGAGGCGGUGGACUGCAACAGCAACGCCCUGGACGCGGAGCUGGAGGUGAAGAAGCUGCAGGCGCUGGUGAGGAAACUGGAAUGGCAAAACGAACAGUUACGCACCAGAGCGCAGCCGGCACAGACACAAUGCAGACGCUCUCGGGAGUACUUAGAGCCGAGCCACGGUGAGGAAGAAGAGGAGGAAGAGGAGGAAGAGGCGGCUCUGGAUGAUUUGGAGCCCCUGGAUUUGGAUUCUAUGUGUGCGUCGCAGGGAGACUCGCAGGAGACGUGGUUGUACAUCACGCACAGCCCUGACUCCGGCCUCAGCUCCAUCACUCCUCUGCAGUGGUGCCGACAGACUCUGGACAGCCCCAACUCAGAGCUGGAGUCCACCAGGAGGUCCCUGUCCUCCCGCCUGGAGCAAGCGCCCCUGACCUCCCCUCGGGACCCUCACCUCCUGCGGACCCUGAGCCCGGUGCCCCAAGACCUGUCCCCGAUGGCGGAGCGCAGUCCUACGUUCCUCCCACACCUUUCCAAACGCAGUCGCAGCCUGCAGAGGGCGAUGUUCAGUCCUCAGUCUCCGGUCGACCCGGAGAACCCUGUGUGUGCGGGGUUCAAACUGCAGGAUCUCACAGACGUCCAGGUCAUGGCGCGGAUGCAGGAGGACAGCCUCAGACAGGAGCUGAGCCUGCCCCGCCCUCGCCGCAGCCUCAGCCUCAGCUCCUUCAGCGGCGCCCUCUCAGGCCACGAGGAGGACGAGAGCGGAGACGACUGCGCCCUCCUGCCGCCCCCCGCGCCCCCCCUCAGCCGCCUCGCCCACUCCCACACCCUGCACAGCUUCCACAGCCUCCGGGACUGGCCCACCGCCGCCGCCCCGCCCAGCCCCCCGCCCCCCUCCGAUGGAUACGGCUACAGCGCCACGGGCCUGGAGACGCCGCAGUACACCCCCCUCGUCUACAGGGGGCAGGCGUCCGUAUCAGAUAGACUGCGCAGGAGCAUGCCCAACCUGGUGCGCGCUCCCAGCAUGCCUUGCAGCGCCCUGCCCCGCUCCCCCAGCGCCUCCCCCAGAGCCUCCCCCAGAGCCUCCCCCAGAGCCUCCCCCAGAGCCUCCCCCAGAGCCUCCCCCAGAGCCUCCCCCAGAGCCUCCCCCAGAGCCUCCCCCAGAGCCUCCCCCAGAGCCUCGCCCUGUCUGCUCCGCUACAGCCACAGCUUCGACCUCUCCUGCGGACUGUCCCGGCUGCACUCCUUCAGUGAGUAUCUGCUCUGA